AUGAGCAAGACUUUUCCCCGGCAAGUUCCCGCCCAGGGACUGGUUGAUAUCCACCGUCUUACUUUCUGGUGGUCCCUCCGACGAGAUUCACAGCCACACCUGUCUCGCAAGAAUAGAAUCCAAUAUGAUAAAUUCUGGGUCACUUUGCAGAAAACAUUCGUCAAUUUGACCGAAAUCCGCGUCUUUGUGGAUACAAUCGGUCUAGCAGAUAUGAAAAGUAUCCCCGAGGACAUGGUUGGAGAUACAGAUGAAGAAAAACAACGCUACAUUCAAUCCGCAUGGCUCGACGAAAUGGAGUCGAUGAUCGAGGCAAAGCAAAAACUAAAGGUCUUCGAAAUUCAUAUCGACAAUGGGGUAUAUCGGCACGUGAAAGAAAGAAUUCAGCCUUGGCUGAAGGAAAAGGAGGAAGAGAGGAAGACGGAAAGAAAGAUCGAUAGGAUACGCUAUAAGGCGUAUAGGUGUAAGCACACUAACAUCACCUACCAAGGAGUCCCGGCUAGCAGGCCUAUCUCGAGAGGAAGCUCGAAAAUCGGAAUCGAGGAUUCAAGAUCGGUUCCUGAUGAAUUUUGGAGGAAGAACAUUAGCAAACGUGGAAAGUGA